AGUAGCUUAAGGCGUUUGUGGCAUUUCUGGUCACAUAAGAGAUUCACCCAUUUAAUGACAAGGAAACUGAUUCAGGAUAGACUGGAGAAUUUUUUCGGACACAUACGUAGAGAAGGGGGAUUUGAUCUUUGUCGAGGCAACAAAAACAACUCCUGUCAAAAACAUGUAACGGCGAUGAUGAGUCAUCAUGAGCAGCGACCAACCGAAAUGAAAAUUAAGCUAGCGCAGUCAACAGAAGCAGUUUAAACAACAAUCGGCCAACAACAAAUGCGCCGACAGCAGACACUAUGGAGGUACCAGCAAGCACCCAGACAGCGAAGGAAAACAAAACGCAAGAUGUUUUUAUUUAAGUCGCAAAUCCCCGAUUCUGAUUUCUUUAUCGCUUCUAGCGAGUUUACCAAUAUAAAUACAACGAAUAACACUAAAUUAGAAGAAAAACUUGUUAUCAUUAUAGCCAACCAAAACAUCAUAAAGAGACAACAAGCAGAAACGUUGGCGAUGUUUAAGCAGCUAUUUGAAAAAGAUGUAGGCUCCUAUGGAACGAGAAGUGUGUUCCCGUUGUCCAACUUGGAAGCAUUAAAAAAACUGAAUGCAGAUAUAGUGGCAGGUUCCAGUGCAGACUAUAUAAAAAUCAUUAAAAAUAUAAUAGGCAAAACGGGGAUUAUUAAAUCUAUUGAGGGUAUUUUCGAAAGGAGUCUUAUUGUUCAGUUGAACUACGAUGGCAUUCAUUCCAAAUACUCCUUAAAGGAAUGCAAGGGGUUAAUCGACUGCUUGUUUGAGGCAUCAAUGAAAGAAGGAUAGCUUUAAAACUGGCGAAAAAUUGUAAUUUUAAAACAAACUCCGU